AUGAGCUCGAGAUUCAAUUCAGAUUCCCAUUUACGUGAUAGAGCUACCCUGUUCAGCACUCAAAACCGCUCAGAUUCCCCUUUCUAUAGCCAUACUAGGCCUACGCAGGAAAUGGAAAACCAAAAUGAUCAGCAUAUUGAAGGCCUAUCCAGUAAGGUUAGGUUGCUAAAGGAUAUUACUCUAAAUAUCGGUCAAGAAGCGAGAGAUAGCGCUAUCGAAUUGGGCAGUAUGAACGACAGCUUCGACUCCACAGGUAACCUCUUAUCAACCACAAUGACUAGACUCAAGCACAUGUCAACAAAGCAGAGUGGCAGAUGUUGGAUUUACACCGUCUUCUUCUUUCUAAUUUUUUGGAUUUUCAUUAUAACGUGGUUCUUAAGGCGGUAA